AUGUUGGCUCUAAGUAUGAUUUACAACACGGAAGAUAUUCCUAUGGAUAACCUUCAAAGCCCUGACUCUUACAACAAAAUUGCACGGAGAGGUGCCAUGCUCAAAGUUGCAGAGGGCAGAGUGACCAUCAGAUGUGCUCAGGCGCUGUGCCUGUUAGCAUACUACAACUUCAUAGUGGGCAACAUCCCCAUGGCUGGCUUCGACAUAGCAACGGUUCAGAACAUGGUCCACCUCCUUCCGGGCAGCGAACGUAACCCAAGUAGCUCAGCAGUCUCGCAGGAUAAAUCACGACUAUUCUGGAGUAUUCAGUGCCUUAGCUCUUCCUGCGGCAGGCCAGUCCUAUUGCCUUCCAUACCAACCAGUAUCGACGCACCUCAAAUGCUCACGGUCGAGACCCGAGAUUCUCUAGGAAGCUGCAUUCCGGCUCCAAAAGCCACCGACUCUGGCUUAAGGGAGACUCUCGUUGACGUUUGGUCUCAGUCCCUAAAGAUUUGCGAGCUCUGGAGUGAUGUCAGACUCUACGUCGCCAAGUGCUUUGAAGGCCUAGCCAAACGUCCUUGGCAUCCGGACUCCGACUACACCAGACUUUGUUCGCGGCUGCUAGAGGUUGAAAUGAUCUGGCCGAUCUCUCUGAGCUAUAACGCAACAAAGUUCCCGGAGAUUUCUCCUUUGGAGGUAGAGAAUAACCGCAUGGAUUGGUUACCAUGGCUCAGGGUGCAGAUGACCUACCAUACCAUUCACUGCGUUCUCAAUCACCCAUCUCUGUAUACGGUCAUGGCUGAAACGCCAAAGAGUAGACUUGGAGGUGACUCAUUCUGGAGAGCAUCGUACCUGAAGGCUUUGAGACAUUGUACUUGGGUCUCGAGGUUGAUUCGAACAGCAGAGGAGAAGAGCCUUCGACUGGCCGAUCCUUUCUUUGCCCAGGCAGCGGCCAUUGCCAGUACAUUGCAUUUAUACUGGACAAGGACGAAUGAUAGUCAAUUGCAGGCCUCUUCUGUGAGAAACCUGGAAGUUUGCAGGAAUCUUGUGAGGGAGAUGGCGACAUGCUGGCCAGUAUGCAAGACAAUUGUAUGUCCUCCAACUUGA